AGCGCCGCGUCGCUCAGGCCCCGAGGCAGCGGCGGCGGCCCCGGCUGCCUGCGCCGCUCGGCGGGGCCGGGCCUGGGCGGGGCCGGACGUGAGCGCACUUCCGCGGGGCGCCAUGGCCGCAAAAAGUCCUGCUGAUGGUACUCCAAAAAGACCUGUUUUAUCUGUCAGUGCAAGAAAAAUUAAAGAUAAUGCAGCAGACUGGCAUAAUUUAAUGAUGAAAUGGGAGAGACUGAAUGAUAAUGGAUUUACUACAGCAAAUAAAAUAGUCAACAUGAAGAUCAGUGAGCAAUUUCAAGGCAAUAAACUGGAGAUAGCAUGUGAUAACAGUGCCGCAGAAUCUGAAAAGCCAACUCCAAAAUACAAUGAGGAACUGGACAAUUGCUGUGCAGAGUUACUUGAGACCUUAAAGCAUAUGACAAAAAUACAAAUGAAAAUGGAAAAGCUUACUUCAACUACUAAAGGAAUCUGUGACUUGGAAGCAUACCACCGUGGAGCUGGGAACUGCACAACGCACUUCUUUCAUACAUGGCCCACACCGUACUUCUAUCAUAUAAUGUAUCUAGAGUGUCCUGAGUUGGAAGGGACCCACAAGGAUCAAGUCCGACUCCUGUCCCUGCAUAUGACAACCCCACAGCUCACACCAUGUGUCUGAGGACGUUGUCCAGUCUCUUCUUGAACACUGUCAGGCUUGGGGCCAUGACACCUCCCUGGGGAGCCUGUUCCAGUGCUCCCGCACCCUCUGGGUGAAGAACCUUUUCCUCAAGUCCAACCUAAACCUCCCCUGGCACAUCUUCCUGAUAUUCCCUUGGGUUCUGUCAUUCGGCACUAAAGAGAAGAGUUUGGCACCUGCCCCUCCUUCUCCCCUUGUGAGGAAGCUGUAGAACAGGAUGAGGUCUCCUGUCGGUCUUCUCCAGGGUGUUGGUGUCACUUAAUGGAGAUCAUGCAUUGCUAAAGUGCUUGGCAACAUGUGAGGACAUCCUUUAGAUUAGGCAAAAUCAACAGUGACUCUGAAAUGUGAAACUUGUAUUUCAAGAUAGCAUUGCCAAAUUUGAAAACAAAAUUUCGGUUUUUUGAAAGAGUAUCUAUAAUUGCUCAUUUUACAGUGAGUUCUGAGAAUCAAUACCACUGCUUAUUCUAGAAUUCAUGUCAAAAUCGCAAGCAUAUAAAAUAUAUCCAAAAUCUGAGGAAAUUGUUUAACUUUUUAUAUUCUAGUGUACAAACAUUAUUAAUGCUGUAAAACCCAAGAUGUCUAGAUAUGGGUAACAGCUUAUGUAAACAUAAGAUUUUUUUUGAUGAUCAACAUAUUACAAGUAUAAUUUAACUUUUAGAGAAUUGUUGAAAUGUUCUGGUCAAUGUGCUUGACUUUUAAUUCAUUUCAGACGAGGUUUCUCUGAAGCUUUCUGAAAUGUACAAGAAGGAGCUACAACUCAAGCAAACAAUUGUACAAGAAAUUGCUCAUUCUGCGGACCGGGAUCUGCUGAUGGUCUAUUUAUCAUCAUGGUUGUACCAGCCUUACAUUGAGAACAGCAGCCAACUGCUGCUUGAAGCCAUGCUGCUGGAAACAGGACACAGACAGUGCUAGAAUUUCAGAUGUUACGUGGCUGGCUUCUUGUGAUGCUUACAUGAAUCUGAAAUGGCAAAUUGCAAGGCUUACCAAGUAAGUUGAAUUUUUGGAAAGUUUAUUAAAAAUAUUUGUCUCUGUUUGUAUUUA